AUGGGGUUCCAGUUUAACCACGUGGGCGGGGGGACGAAGACGCGCCGUCCGAUCACGCUGCAGAUGAAGUACAAUCCAGCGUGCGUGGAGCCGCGGUGCUACUUAGUUCUGGAUAAGGAUCAUACGAGCGAACAGGAGAAGACUCUGCAGCAGCUACAGGCCUAUAUCGAGUCCGAGAACCAGCGGCUGGAGAAGGACAUGGGGCGAUUCUCGGACCGAGAGGUGGUGGUGCGCGUGGAGUACAAGUACUGCCCCAACCUCACCAUCAUUGACACUCCCGGGCUCAUUUCCGCCGCUCCCUCAGUCACACACACGGCGCUGCAGGAGCAAGCGCGGAUUGUCGAGGCGUUAGUCCUAGCGAAGAUGAAGCAGCAGGAGUUUGUGAUACUGUGUCUCGAAGACAGCAGCGACUGGAGCAACGCCACCACGCGGAGGAUUGUGAUGAAGGUCGACCCGGACCUCUCCCGAACCAUCCUCGUGUCCACGAAGCUCGACACGCGCAUCCCGCAGUUUUCCCGGGCAGCCGACGUGGAAAUGUUUCUCAACCCACCGCUGCCGGAUAUUUCCGCGUCGCGGCUGGCCACGCGGCCGUUCUUCACGUCUGUGCCGUCCGGGCGAGUGGGGUCCGGGUCUGAUGCGGUGUUCAUGACAGAUGAUGACUUCAGAGAUGCUGUUGCUCGGAGAGAGAUGAGCGACCUUGCAGCGCUAGAGGACAAAAUGGGCCGGCCUCUUUCGGACGACGAACGAGCACGGGUGGGGGUUAGCCGGCUUCGGCUGUUUUUGGAGCAGAUGCUGCAGCAACGGUACCUCGAGAGUGUACCGUAUAUAGUGCCGCUGCUUGAUAAGGAAUACAAGUCUGUCUCCACCAAGCUCUCUGCCACCUCUGCGGAGCUACAGAACCUGAGCGACGGCGAGUUGAAAGAGAAGAGCCGAAACUUCCGCGACAACUUUGUCCGGAAGCUCACGGUUCUGCUCCGUGGCUCCAUUGCUGCUCCGCCGGACAAAUUCGGCGAGACUCUGCAGGAAGAGAGGGCGCGUGGAGGGAUCUUUGUAGGGUCAGACGGCCAGCAGUUUCCACAGAGGCACAUGCCGAACGCCAGCAUGCGUCUCUUUGGAGGGGCGCAGUACCACCGGGCGAUGGCCGAGUUCCGGUUUGUGGUGGGUGCAGUGCGGUGCCCUGCGAUAUCAAGGGAGGAGAUUGUGAAUGCGUGCGGUGUGGAGGAUGUGCAUGACGGCACCAACUACUUCAGGACAGCGUGUGUGAUCGCUGUUGCCAAGGCAUGGGACGUGUUCGAGCCGUUCCUUCGACAGCUCGGGUUCCGUCUAUCCCACAUUGUGGGACGACUGCUCCCCAUCGUGCUGUUCCUACUCAAGAGGGACAAUGAGCCGAUGCUGGUGCAUGAAACGUUCAUAGAGCGAGUGCAGGAGUCGUACCACAAGUUCGUCGAUGCAACAGAGCGCUCCUGCAUUGACAAGUGCAUGGAGGAUCUCACAAGCACUACUCGCUUCGUCACAUGGUCUCUGCAUAACAGGUCUCGAUCUGCACUGCGAUCCUUCUUUGAUUCAGCCAUGCCCAACCACGACUCCUCCCUCCUCGCUGCUGUCGGCGCCUUCGAAGCAUCCACGCCCAUGCCGGUCCCAGCAGCCACAAGCAGACAGAACUCGCCGCCCUUUGGCCCGACCGACUACCAGUCCAGUCCAAGCGACGACGGCCGGGGCGACAGAGGGGCAGUAGGGGGAACCAACCGAGCCAGCGGCAAUGGUACCACUGCUGGUGGUACCGCUAGUGGCGGUGCUGGUGGUGCUGGUUCUACUGCUGGUGGUGCCGCUGGUGCAGCAACAGGAGGCAGCGGCACAGGAGGAGGGAGGCUGGCGGAUCUCCUCGAAUCCACCCUCUGGACCCGCCGGCUCGCGCCGUCCUCAGAAGACAUAGUGAACGCGCUGGUGAUGCAGAUUUUCGAGGGCAUCCGGGACCACUUUGUGAUGUCUGCAGAGCUCAAGUUCAAUUGUUUCUUUCUGAUGCCGUUAAUGGACCGGUUUCCUGCACGGCUGAGGGAGGACCUGGAGGCGGUGGCAGGGGGUGGGCUGGAUGCGGUGUUUGAUAUCUCGAGAGUGCGCGGGCAGCUGGAGAGGAGCCGCGGGGAGCUGGAUGAAGAGCUGAGGCGGGUGCAUGCACUUCAGGCCAAGUUCGCCAGUAUUCACCACAGCCUGAGCGUGAUGCCAUCCCAUGCCAUGUCAGCACCAACGGGGUCUCUUUUCAGCUCACAGACUGGAGCGUCGCCGUUGCCCUCCUUUGGGUCGUCAGACGCAGCUCUCCCGCCCUCACGGCAUUUUGCCGACUCGCUCUCAUCGAUUCUUGGAGGUCGCCUCUUUGAGAUUGCCACGCAGGGGAACAAGGAUGGUCUCAUGCGCUUCCUGGAGUUUGCAGCUAUCAAGGCUGUGUUUGACAAGGGUUCACCUGAUGAAAUUGACCGCAUGUGCUUUCAAUUCAUGGACGUUCUCAAGUCUGGGAAAGUCGACAGGCGAGAGGUUGAAGAGGUGAUUCGCAGUGCUCUCACCACUGUCUUCGGCCCCCAGCACUCCCUUACACUUGCCAUCAUCCAAGCCUUCGUCUCCCCUGCCUUCCCAUCUAUUCCUACAUCUAGUACGUGGACUUCUUUCAGUCACUCCUCCCUCGCUUCCACCGCUCUCCAUCCCUCUUCUGCUCGGUCUUCCACAGCUGCUGCACCGCUUGCUGCAUCAGCAACGGCAACAGCAGCACCAUCGGAGGGAGCAGGGGGACAGCAGCAGCCAGAGGGGAAAGAAGUAGGGAGGCCAGAGCAAGAAGGGGAGGGCGUAGGUAGGGAUGGUAGUGCGGGUGCCAGUGUUGCUGCUGCUGAUACCAGAGUUUAUGAUGAUGGUGCCAGUGUUGCUGCUGAUGAUGGAAGGGAGUCGUCAUAUUAG